GAAAAUGCUGAUUCAAUCUGAGGUUGCCAAAGCAUGCAGUCGCAAAGCAUCAUGCAUAGGGGCUGGACUUUCUACUUCAUUUUCUUCUGGAGAUACCGCACAAGGACAAGGUCUACGUCAUCAAGGAAGUAUAUCUGAAGCAGAAAGACUAGGAGGACCUUUAGGACAAGGGGCUACAACAGCUAGUGCGGAAAUGACAGAUUCACAAGAACCUGAUGACUUGAGCCCGCCUGGCCUUCUUGACGCGGGUGGUCAGACGCGAAGCGCAACAACUAUCAACUCGGUGGAAGGGGAUGAGAUUGAGGACAUGAAUCCUGUAGGGCAUGGUGGGAUGGAAGUGGACCAAGACGAAGGAAACGCGGCUAGGCAAGGUGGCCGCGAUGGCUUAGUCCCUGAGCAACAGCAUCUUCAAAGCAGCAUACCCGAAACGCAACUUGGCGCCAGUACUACUGACUACGAAGCUCUUCACCAAGAUGCUUGGCUCCGCCCUCCUCCAAAUUCGACCAUGUUGAAUACUCUACUGCCUCUAGCAGUUUUGCCUUCUUCCAGACAUUCCGUCGGAUCAUCUACGGUGCAAAAUCAGAUUCCAGGGGAUAUUUCGACCUUUGCCAGACAACGCAGUCCGCCAGAUGAUGCGAUGAUAUCACAGUUAAGGAUGAUCGGCAUCGGUGGAGCAGUGUUUGAGUAACAGCACCAAAGACUUCUUCAUCUACAACAGGAGCAGGACUCCAACAACAAAAGUCCAUGAUCUACAAUUAUGGGGACUUUUCGUUCUCUAGAUUUAAUGCAUAACUUUCUAGCUUUUCUAACACCCUUUCUUGCCACAUCUGCCCUUCAACUUGCUCUCCCAUCCCCCAACUCGCUCUCCGGCAGGAGUCUGGCCUUUGUAGCUCGCACGGCUGCUUUAGGACUGCAAUGCGGACAUCACACACUACAGAGGGUCUUGCCCAGGCUCUACGGCAAUGCUGUGGUAGGCAGCG